GUUACUGUGUAUGGGUUGAAGCUUUCUGAAAUUGUUUGAUGAUAUUCUGUGUUUUGUGGCCAUCUCAACUGUGACAUGUGCUGUGACAGAUACAUAGGCUAGAAGGUAUGGAUCAGUCAACAGAGGAGGUGUAUGUGGAAUUUGAUGACCUUGAAUGGGAAAAGCGAGAAUGGGUUAAAGUUUAUGAAGAUUUUGCAGCCUUCUUGGUGGAGUACCAGCUGGUCUGGGCAAAAAGAAAGGACCCAAGCCAGACUCAGGGAUCAAAAAUCAAACAAAUUCAAUGGCCUGCAUUGACAUUCAAGCCAUUGGUUGGAAAAAGUGUAUACAAUUCAAUUACUGCAGUAGAAUUCCUUGUGGACAAACAGCUGGAUUUCAUAACUGAAGAUAGUGCCUUUCAGCCCUAUCAGGACGACGUAGACAGUCUAAACCCAGUUCUCAGGGAUAACCCGCAGUUACAUGAGGAGGUAAAAGCCUGGGUAAAGGAACAAAAGGUUCAGGAGAUUUUUAUGCAAGGUCCGUACUCCUUAAAUGGUUAUAGGGUGAGAGUGUACAGACAGGAUUCUGCCACCCAGUGGUUCACUGGCAUCAUCACUCACCAUGAUCUCUUCACCCGCACUAUGGUGGUUAUGAAUGACCAGGUGUUAGAACCUCAGAAUGUUGAUCCUUCUAUGGUUCAGAUGACCUUUCUAGAUGAUGUUGUUCACUCUUUGUUGAAAGGUGAAAAUAUUGGAAUCACUUCACGCCGACGGUCUCGUUCCAACCAGAACAGCAACACAGUUCACGGUCAUUAUACACGUGCACAAGCAAAUAGUCCCAGACCAGCAAUGAACUCCCAAGCUGCAGCACCAAGACAGAAUUCUCACCAGCAACAGAGGAAUACUCGGCCAAAUAAGAGGAAAGGCUCUGAUAGCAGCAUGCCUGAUGAGGAGAAGAUGAAAGAUGAAAGAUAUGAUUAUAUAGGUCGAGGAGAAAACCCCAAAACCAAAAAUAAACACUUUCUUAGUAAAAGAAGAAAACCUGAAGAAGAUGAAAAAAAACUAAAUGUGAAGAGACUGCGGACAGACAACAUCUCAGAUUAUUCUGAGAGCAGUGACUCGGAGAUUUCAAAUAAAAGAUUAACAGAUUCAUCCUCGGAGCAAAAUUCAGAAAAUGAGUUAAAAAGCAAGAACUCUUCAAAGAUAAAUGGAGAAGAAGGAAAACCCCAAACUACUGAGGGAGUAGAACAAACACUAACAGAAAGACAGUCUCCAUGGGAUGAGGUGCAGCAGGAUAAAAACCACGAAGAGACAGAAAGACUGAAGUCAUCGGUCUUGGAUCAUCAGGAAAAAUCUUCACUCCAAGCAGCGGAGCAGCCAACACUUUAUGAGCAGAAUGCCAAGGAUCCACCUGUUCCAGAGUGUAAUGCAGAAAAACAUCAUACUGUGGAGUUAAAAAAUGAGCAGUUUUUACCCAGGCCUCCUACUCCUAAGUGUGCUGUUGAUGUUACUAAUAAAAACAACUCUGAAAAGGAGAACCAGGAUAAUGCUGCAAGUACCUUUGGUUUGCAAACAGUUCAGAAAAUAGAAUCCCACAGCAGUGAUUUAAAGCACCAAUUUGCAAAUGCAAAUUUCCUUGAAGCAAGAAAACAGGAAGCCGAUCAAAGUUGGGUUAGCAGUGUUGGUAAAACGGAUUUGACACAACCUGGGGUUGUAAAAACAUUACCAGUAAAUGAACACUUAAAUUCUGAAAAAGUGCAGUAUGGCUCAUUUAUGUCUCCGUUAAACGUAGCUUCUCUAGCAGAAGAGAGUAAACUGCGUAAACAAAGUCCAGUCCCCGAUUCUGUGAAGUCAAAAUCUAGUGCUUCAGUUGAUCAUCCUAAAACAAAGUCACCUGAUGUUAAGCCUAAAUUCACCCAAUCUUCUGAUACUGUGAAGUCGAAGUAUCCAAAUGGAACACAUGCUUACUCAGGACUCGGUCUGCCCUCCUCCAAAUGGGUCCACCCAGAAACUCCUGUUAACGCGGAGGCUUCCUUGAGAAGGAACACUCCCAGCCCCUGGUUACACCAGCCCACCCCAGUGACCUCAGCUGACAGCCUUGGUUUACGGAGUCACAUUCCUGUGCGGCCGUCCAGCGCAGAUCCCCUCCGGCCUCUCAAGCUGACCACGCAUUCCAGCCCGCCUCUGUCCAAAAGCAUGGCAGAGCAUCGCAAAGAAGAACUGGAGAGGAAAGCUUUUGCUGAACCUUUGCGUUCUGUCACCACUGCGCCAGUGAAGAGUGAGCUGGAGCAGAGCAGAGCACAGACAGCAAAGGAGAGCCAUAUGCACAGACAUUAUGCAGAUCCAAUGUUGAACCAGCUGCCAAGGCCACCGCAGGAGUCUGGGGAGAGACUGAGCAAAUACAAAGAAGAGCACAGGCGGAUACUCCAAGAAAGUAUUGAAGUUGCUCCUUUUACAGCUAAAAUAAAGGCACUGGAGGGGGAGAGAGAGAACUACUCCAGGGUAACAUCCUUAUCUUCAAGUCCCAAAAGCCAUUCAGCAAAAUACGACAAAGAUGCUGAACGCUCUGUGUCAGAACUGUACAAAAUGAAACAUUCAGUUCCACAGAAUUUGCCACAGAGUAACUAUUUCACUACCUUGUCUAACAGUGUAGUAAAUGAACCACCAAGAUCGUACCCAUCUAAGGAAGCUUCAGGUGUAUAUGUUGAUAAGCAAACUAAUUGUCCUUCAACAGCAGCUAGUGCCCAGGCUCUCCCCUCCUACAUUUCUUCCCUUUCAAAACCGCCACCUUUAAUUAAGCACCAACCGGAAAGUGAAGGCUCUGCAGGCAAGAUACCCGAGCAGCUUUCACAGUCGGUGCAGUCUCACUCUGUAAAUUCUUUCAGAAGUGACAGCAGGAGCCCUACUCAGUUGUCAGUCUCAUCUACAAAUACACUCCGCAGUAUGCCUGCCUUGCAUAGGGCCCCUGUGUUUCACCCUCCUGUGCACCAGAACCUGGAGAAGAAGGAGAGCAGCUACAGCAGCCUUUCACCUCCAACUCUAACCCCUGUUCAGCCCGUUAAUGCUGGUGGUGGCAAAAUACAGGAGUUGCAGAAACCGCCAACUUUAGUACCUGAGCCCAAGGAAGGCCAAACUGUUUACAAAGGCACUUCUGAGCAGAAUUUAUCAGAAAUGUGGAAGUCUAAUAAUGCCCCAAAUAAUGAAAAAGUGGAUUGGCACACUGAAAGAAUGAGUGGAAAGUCGCAGUCCGCUACAGCAUCUGUUAUUGUGCGUCCUCCUUCUAGCACAAAAUAUGAGAAUGUACCAGUAAUGCAGUCUGCUUCCAAAGAUCGAGUUAGUGAGAGAUCCUCAGCUGUGACAAAUCCAGCAGAUUGCCUGAAAACAGCGGAAGCCAGGGAGACUGGAAGAGUCAUACUGCCAAAUAUGAACUCAGACAGCGCUCGCACACAGUAUGAAAAGAAAUUUGCAGCUGUCUCGCAGGGCAGCGUUCCUCGUGCUGUCACUCCUACCACAAGCAUCAUCUGCAGCACCAAGACGGAUGUCCCUGCACCGGCAGCAGUGACCACCAGCGUGUCGAGCCGGGGCAGCUCUGCGGUGAGCCCCAGGAGUGCAAGGUCAGCACUGCAGCUCCGGUUACAUCCGCUGCUGGCAGCGCCGCUCAGCCCAGCUCGGCCUUCUCCACCUCGACCGACUUUGUCCAUUUGAAAAAGCACAAGGCAGCGUUGGCCGCAGCUCAGUUUAAAAGUAGCAACGCCGCUGAGGCUGAGUCCAACUCUGUGAAAAAUCAGACAUUGUCAACCUCUCUCUCCCCAGACAGUGCUAUCGUCUGUAAUACAAUAAACAAAGCGAACUCUGUAGGCAGUGGGCAAACUUCCCAGACGAGUCAGCCAAACUACCACACUAAACUGAAAAAGGCUUGGCUAACAAGGCAUUCAGAGGAAGAUAAAAACACUAAUAAAAAAGAUAAUUCAGGGAACAGUGUUUCAGAAAUUAUUAAGCCGUGUACUGUCAAUUUAAUAGCUUCUACAUCAAAUGAUUUGCAAAAUAACAUAGAUAGCAAAAUUUUGGCAGAUAAGUUUGCAAAGGAAGAUAAGCACCCAAGGAGAAAAGGAAAACGAACGUACGAGUCUGGCUCUGAAAGUGGUGACUCUGAUGAAAGCGAGAGCAAGUCAGAGCAAAGGACUAAACGGCAGCCCAAGCCAACUUACAAAAAGAAACAAAAUGAUUUGCAGAAAAAAAAGGGUGAUACCGAGGAAGAAGUGAAACCAAAUGGUGUUCUUAGCAGGAGCGCCAAAGAAAAGAGCAAGCUGAAGUUACAGAGCGGCAGUAACAGCACUGGGAUACCUCGCUCCGUGUUAAAGGACUGGCGCAAAGUCAAGAAGCUGAAGCAAACAGGAGAGUCCUUUUUGCAGGAUGAUUCUUGUUCUGAAAUAGGACCAAAUUUACAAAAAUGCAGAGAAUGUAGGUUAAUAAGAAGUAAGAAAGGAGAAGAACCCACUCACUCACCAGUAUUUUGUAGAUUUUACUACUUUAGGAGGUUGUCUUUUAGUAAGAAUGGAGUGGUUAGGAUAGAUGGUUUCUCCUCUCCUGAUCAAUAUGAUGAUGAAGCACUGAGUUUAUGGACACAUGAAAACUAUGAGGAUGAUGAACUGGACCUAGAAACUUCUAAAUACAUUCUAGAUAUCAUAGGGGAUAAAUUUUGUCAGUUGGUAACCUCUGAGAAAACAGCCAUGUCCUGGGUGAAAAAAGACGCCAAAAUUGCAUGGAAGAGAGCAGUGAGAGGAGUCCGUGAGAUGUGUGAUGCAUGUGAAGCCACGUUAUUUAACAUUCAUUGGGUCUGCCAAAAAUGUGGAUUUGUGGUCUGCCUGGAUUGUUACAAAGCAAAGGAAAGGAAAAGUUCUAGAGAUAAGGAGUUGUAUGCCUGGAUGAAGUGUGUGAAGGGACAGCCUCAUGAUCACAAGCACCUGAUGCCAACACAGAUUAUUCCAGGCUCUGUUUUGACAGAUCUUUUAGAUGCUAUGCACAAUAUUAGAGAAAAAUUUGAAAUUAAAUCCCACUGUCAGUGCACCACCAAGCAGAACACACAAGCUGGCAAGCUCCCUGCAAUGAAUGGUGUGUCUCAGGUUUUGCAGAAUGUCCUUAACCACAGUAAUAAAAUUUCUCUGUGUAUGCCUGAGUCUCAACAGCAGAAUACUCCUCAAAAGUCUGAGACAAAUGGUAACACAAGUCCAAGGAGUGAUGUGAGCACAGACAGCAAGUUAACACCGCCUGAAUCCCAGUCCCCACUGCAUUGGCUGGCUGAUCUUGCAGAGCAGAAAGCCAGAGAGGAAAAAAAAGAGAACAAAGAAUGUCCUUCUGGAAAACAUUCAAAGGAAGGGAAGGAUCAGGAUAAUUUGGAGUCCCCAAACUGUAAAAAUUCUCCUCCUUCAUCCCAGAACAACGAGCAGGGCUCAACUUUACGAGAUCUGUUAACUACAACAGCAGGCAAACUGCGCCUGGGCUCUACAGAUGCUGGCAUUGCUUUUGCUCCAGUCUACUCCACAGGAACAGCAAGUGGCAAGAGUGGAAGGACUAUGCCAAACAUUCUUGAUGAUAUAAUUGCUUCAGUAGUAGAAAACAAGAUUCCACCAAAUAGAGCACCAAAGAUGAAUGUGAAAUCUGAAAUAAAAGAAGAGCCAAAGGAUGAUAAAAAAAGCAUUCAGGAUGACUGCAGUAAACGGUACAGUGACAUCCAGUACUCGUGGAUCUGUGACAAGCAUGUUCUGUGGCUCAGAGAUCAUAAAAACACCAACAACUGGAAACUCUUCAAAGAGUGCUGGAAACAAGGAAGGCCUGUUUUGGUGUCUGGUAUGCAUAAGAAGAUGAACUUCAGCCUGUGGAAAGCUGAGUCCAUCAGUUUGGAUUUUGGAAACCAGCAAGCAGAUAUCUUGAAUUGCAAGGACAGUAUUAUUUCAAACACCAAUGUCAAGGAGUUCUGGGAUGGUUUUGAAGAUGUUUCAAAACGGCAGAAAGUAAAAAAUGGAGAAACAGCUCUGCUAAAACUGAAAGACUGGCCGUCUGGUGAAGAUUUCAAGACCAUGAUGCCAGCAAGAUAUGAGGACUUACUAAAAAGUUUACCCUUGCCUGAGUAUUGUAGCCCAGAAGGAAAACUAAACUUGGCUUCUCAUCUGCCAGGAUUUUUUGUCCGUCCGGAUUUGGGACCCAGACUGUGCAGUGCAUAUGGUGUGGCUGCUACUAAAGACCAUGACAUAGGAACCACAAAUCUCCAUAUUGAGGUUUCUGAUGUCGUGAACAUCCUUGUUUAUGUUGGCAUAGCCAAAGGAAAUGGAGUACUUUCCAAAUCAGGAGUUUUGAAGAAGUUGGAAGAGGAAGAUUUGGAUGACCUUUUAAGGAAGAGGUUGAAAGAUUCCAGUGAAUUACCUGGUGCUUUGUGGCACAUUUAUGCUGGCAAAGAUGCUGACAAGAUAAGAGAGUUUCUGCAAAAGAUAGCAAAGGAGCAAGGCCUGGAGGUUUUACCAGAGCACGAUCCAAUCCGUGAUCAGAGUUGGUAUGUGAACAAAAAACUUCGCCAAAGACUUUUUGAAGAAUAUGGAGUAAAAACCUGCACAGUUAUUCAGUUCCUUGGUGAUGCUAUUAUUCUACCAGCAGGAGCACUUCAUCAGGUGCAAAAUUUUCACAGCUGCGUUCAAGUAACGGAAGACUUUGUGUCUCCAGAACAUCUUGUACAGUCAUUCCACCUAACGCAGGAGCUGAGGCUGUCAAAGGAAGAAAUCAAUUAUGAUGAUAAACUGCAGGUUAAAAAUAUCUUGUAUCACGCAGUUAAAGAAAUGGUGAGAGCUUUGAAGAUUCACGAAGGUGAACUGGAAGAUAUGGAGGAGAACUGAGCACACUCUGCUUUUUGGAGGUAGCAUCACCCAGAGGUUAUUUCACCUGAUCUGUGAACGGUAAACACACUAAUUUAAGCUUCACAAACCAUCAGUGCCAAGAAAACACAGUCAUCAUAUUUACUUGUUAAUGACACUGCAACGGUAGAGCUUCAUAUCACAGCCACUGUGAUUCCAUGUUCCACUUGCAAACAGUUGAGCAGCGUUCUGCUGUCUGUAUUAUAAUGUACAUGAAGUUUGUGAAAUGUCAAAGAUUUAAGAUGAUGUAUUUAUUUUUGGAAAAAACGACAAAAUUCUAUGCUAUAUUGUUGAUCAAAUGUAAAUGUGACUUGUACAGUUUGCUAAAAUAAUUCAGAUCUUUUUCACUACAUUGAGACAGUUACUGUGAGAGUAGGACACAAACACCAGCUAUUGCCUGCAUUUGGGAUCUUGCUGAGUCCGCACAGCAGUCAUGUCAUAUUCUGAAAAUUACUGCCAAAUAAUUGUAAACUUUGUAAAAUAUAAAGUAUAUAAAGUAGAUAUUAAAUACAGACACUUCAGUAUUUUAUUGAAGCUAUUCAGUGUACAAUUAAACGUUUUCAAAAGGUGUAAUUUAUUUAAAAAUUGUCUCAUUUUGGUAAAAUUUAUGUGAACUUUUAAAGCUUAAAUAUUAAACUUAAUAUGCUAUGUAAAUAUAUACAUAUAUACAUUCAAUGAUGUAUUUUUUUAAAACAUUGGCUUGCUUUAAUUUGUUAAAAGUGCAAGUGUUACACAUGCUUUGUACAUUGAAGUUGAAAGGGGUUUUACAUUUUCCAUUAAAAUGACUUUGUCAGA